AUGCCAUCCGUCAUUGAGGAAAAAGCUGCCAAGGCAGCCGAAGCCUUCAAGGCAGCCAAGGCCUUGUUCAAUUCGGUGGACUUCCAGGACUGUAUGGCCGUGUUUGAGGAAAAUACGGCUCUCAAACAGGAGAUUCAAACUCUCAAAGCAGGUAUUCAGGGCCAGUCUACAGUCAUGGCAGAUCUCAGCCAGAAAGCAGAAGAGCUGAAGAAAGUCUCACAAAACAACAAGGCCUUGUCCGAUGAGCUUUCCAAGACCCAACAUGAGCUUGACAAGGCAAGAAAAAACAUGGAUGCCAAGGAAAAGGAACUGAAAAAAAAGCUGGAGGAUGUUAACGAAAAACUCACCGCUGAACAAAAAGAGAGGCAGCGACUGGCUGGCUUCUUCGCAGAGUUGAUACCAAUGUCGGAUGAUGUUGAAGACAAUGAAAUCCUGCAACGACUCAACAGGCUCUUCUUUUCUGCCUACAUUCUAGCAGAAGAACUACUGGGCACAGACCUUCCGCCAGCCAUUUUCUCUCAGGAUGAGAUAUGGAAUGCACUCAAAGCACACCCUGCCGUCGGAAAUAAGAUCCCUCUUCCACGAUCUUCGUCCCCUGAAGCCAGAUUGAUGCGUGUCGGUUCAUUCCUAGCCAUACUCUCAUACGAACUCCGGAACCAUAUCUUCCAACCAAUCUUCCUUGCUGGAGAGCCAUACAUCGAAUCCAAAGCAACUGGAUUGUGGCGUCUUCUCGAUGACCUGAUCGAGGAUGACCCCGAUUGGGAGGCAAUGUUACGCGCAGCGCUCCUUGCUGCAUCCAGAAAGCUGGAAAAAGCUUAUCCUUCUCAAACAAAGCAUCGUAUCAACGUCGUGGUAGACACACUCACCAACCUCAUCAAUCCUCUCCUCCCCUCCAAUACCAAAGAGAAGUUCAAAACAAAGCUCACAGCCUUCUGUGCCGAAGCCCACGAGCAAUGGACAUACAUUCAACGUCUCGAAGACCGCAUCACACCCACCUUCAAACUCCAAGACUCCGACAAUCCCCAUGACACCUGGAAACCCCUCACCCUCAACUCCCACUUCAAAUCCUCCUCCAGCCCGAACAGCAAACUCCCCCGCUCCCACUCCCAAACCAAACCCAAGGACAAACAAACCCCAUCUGACACGAAAUUUCCACCACCCAACAGCAACAGUUCCCAACUUCCCCUCCACGCAGCCGCCACUGACCCUGUCCCCGUCUGGCCAGCGUUUUACAACAAAGCCCUCGCCUCCGAAGACAUCCUCAUGCCGGGCUAUUUUCUCACCGCGGAGCAUGUCGCGUCUGCCAAAAUCGAAGAGAAGACAUUGACACAGGCCCAACGGAGGAGAUAUUCCUCUCGAGGUUCCAGUGGGGAUCUCUCUGGGCUGGUGGGGGCAGGGGACGCUGGGAAUGGAGCUGGGGGAGCAGGGGGAGGAGCAGGGGGGAUGAGUCAUAGGGAGAAGAGGAAGCGAUCGAGGGCGAUGUCGGCUUCGAUUGUGAAUUGGGUGAGUGGAGGCAGUGGUGACGGAGGGAAGGAGAAGCAGGGACAGGGAGAGGGGACCGGGAAGGGGGGUGCUGCUGGCGCAAACGGGCCUUUUUUAGGAGGCAGUUCUACGAGCGGAUUAAAGGGGGGUUGA